GCAGGGUGUUUUUCCUCCUACGGUAGCAAAAAAAAAAAAAAGUUAUCAUGCCUGCUGGAUAGCCACAAUAUUAGCAACUGCACCUUUCUAAUCUCUUAUUGAUGGAUGUCAGUCGCUUCCCACCCAACAGUAUAAUACCACGCUGUGGUUUAUGCGUGCUUCAGCAAGGGACCGCUUUCGCUUUCAUUACAGAGCCUGUCAUCUAAAUCUCGUCUCGGGUUGAUGCCACUUGGGCUGAAUUUGCCUCGUAAAAUGUUUCUGUCAACCUGUUUAUACCUGUCUUUGAAGGGCUUAUUAGAUAAAGGGAUAUUUCCGUCACGUCUCCUCGGACUCUAACUCGGGCAGUGCUUUUAAAUCAUUACACAGAGUAGUAUGGCAAAAAAAAAAACUUUCUAAUGUUGUAUUAUUCCCGCUGCUUAUCUACUCUGCUCAAGUGUUCUAUUUUGCAUUCGUUGCCAUUUGAGCAAUGCGAAAGGCAAGGCCCUUUCCACUUUGAGACAGAUUUGUGGUACCCAAAACGGCGUUGACACUGAGCUAUUCUACAUCGACUUUGAGAUCAGCUAACAAGAAAAAAUAAAAAUACUCCUCUGAGAAGGUUCCCUUUCCCCAUCAUUAUGUUGACAUGACGACCCGCUGCAAAGCACGCGAAUCAGAAUAGUCAUUAUAGUCUGGAACUAUGUCGUUCUCCUCCACCAAGUCCACCAGGUAUGGCGACUGCAAUUACUUCGACUCCAGUGUUGACACCCGUGUCAAGUAUGCUGUUGAUUGAAUGACGGGGCUGAUGAUGCGUAACCAUGGCAGCCAGGAUGGAGGUGACACUGCUCGAGAGCAGGAUGAGCAUGGAAGACUACAAGAAGCUACAGGGGCUGUUCAUUGUCUCCCCUGGGGUGUCCCGCUCCUUGUCCAGAAGUGAAUUCAUCCGUCUGGCCGCCUCAUCGGUCGGUCGCGGUUCCGAAGAGGAGUACGGCCUGUUGUUUGACAGCGUGGUUGUCAGUCAGGGGCAGCGCGGUCUCUUCUUUCACGGCGAUGCCGUGAAGCAAGAGGCUCGAAUAGACAGCGGGGGGCUGUGCUCUUUUCUUCAGCAGGAGCUAUCCGAAAAGCUGAAGCACAGCAGAGUGAAACGCGUGCCUUGCUGGAAGCCUCCCCGCUCUCUGACUUGCCCCCAUCGAGAUCCGGUCCAAAAGGUGUUGUACCUGCCCAGUUGGGGUCAAUACAUGACCGUGAGUCAAGGAGGAUUUGUGGGGCUGCGGGACUGCGGUGACAUGUCGCUCGUGAGCAGCCAACGACUGCAAAACAGCACAGUCCGACCCAAAGACUUGUGGGUGACGGACGUGGUGCUGCUGCAAAAUGUACACAAGAUAGCGGUGUCGUUUACAAGUAAAGAGGUGUGUUUUUAUGACACACUAUCCAAAAAGGACUUCAGAUGCAAAUAUAAAGUCCAGGGUUUAAAGUUUACUCCAUGGUGUCUGGACUAUUGGUCCGAUGCCUCGAAGCCAGAUCAGGCUAUCCUCGCUCUAGGUGACAUUGGUGGACAGGUCAGCGCUUUAUAUUUCACCUCAGCCCAGAUGUAUUUGUUUGAGCGACGUAGUCGCUGGACAGACUCCGAUUCCGCGCUCAUCAUCCAAUGGGAUGAUGUGGUCAAAGGAAAACACCACUGCUGUUCCAUUGUUCAACAUCAGGCACACAAGCCUGCCUGGGUGAGGAAAGUACUUUACCUGGACUCACUGGAGGCCUUUGUGUCGUGCAGCACCAGGCCACAAAGCAGCAUUGCGAUUGGCUGGGAGGAGAAGGGCGGCAAGAGCCUCCAGGUAACCACUUUCUUUACAGAGAGAGGAGUCUGGGACCUAGACUAUCACCGUGAACUUAAGCUGAUUGCCACUGCAGGUGCGGAUCAUCGGGUUCUGCUGUGGAACCCCUACGUGACCUCCCAGCCAUCAUACCUACUCAGUGGCCACGUUGCCCCAGUUGCGGCUGUUUGUUUCUUGCAGAAGAAAAAGCACCUGCUCAGCUACUCCAGAGAUAAGGUUUUGUGUUUAUGGGACGUUUCAAGUCAGCUUUGUAUUCAUCGUCUGGGUGGCGUUUUCCCAGCCACACGGGAAGACGCGCGCACACUCCUGCUCCUGAUCGAAGAGCGCCAACUGCUGCUGCUCACCUUCAACAGCCUGCUCGUCUUGCUGGAGAGCACGAAGGAGGAGACGAGGGCCAGCGGUCACAAGCACCCUGUCACCUGUGUGCUUUACAACAGUCUUUUCAGACACGUAAUAAGCAGUGACACCGGCUCCUCUGUGAUCUGCUGGCUGGCUGACACGGGCCAAAAGGUUAAGCAAAUCCACCGUUGCCAUGGCAACGCCGAGAUCUCCACCAUGGCUUUGGAUGGCACGCAGACGCGGCUGUUCACUGCCGGCAAUGAUGGAGAGGUUAAAGUGUGGGACUUCAAUGGCCGCUGCCUCCACAGAAUGAACGUUGCCCUGGGCAAGGCUGCGGCCAUCUCACACAUGCUGCUGCUGAGGACGAGCCUCCUGGUGAUGGGUUGGCAGAGGAUGCUGACAGUAUUCCGCCGGCAUUCCUUCUCCAAGUCUCACGUUGACCCAUCAGAGUGGAAGGGCGGUGUUCAUCAUCGCGCCGAAGUGCUCUGCGCUGCCUUCCAACCUCCGCAGACUCUCGUCACAGGAAGCCGCGAUGGAGAGAUUAUAGUGUGGAACAACGACACCGAAAAAGCUCUGCGGAAACUGCAGCUGCCGGCUAAACAUGAAGAAUUCAAGCAAACGGAGCAUUCCCCUGACACCAUCGCCACGGUGACCUUCUUACCAGGUCGUACAUCUGCACAAAUAGCAAACGGCGGCGCCAACUUGGCGUCAUCUGGCAGUUCCGGGCUGGUCAGGCUCUGGAACACAGUCCACGGCCGACUCCUGGGACAGUUCACGGCUCACGAGGCACAGCUGGGCUCUGUCGUCAUGACUGUCAGCCCCUGUGGAAAGUUUUUAGUCACGGCAGAUAGGGCGGGCGCAAUCAAGACGUGGGACAUGGAGCACUACUGCCUGGAGUCAGACGGCGGAGUGGUGACCGAAUCUCCAGAAUUGGUACACAGUUUCCGUCCACACAAGGAUGGGGUCACCCACCUGCAUACGAGUUUCCACGCCGAUCGGCUGAUCCUUCUGUCAGCGUCUUCAGACUGUAGGGUGGCCCUCAGCUAUCUGCCAGGAGAAACCAUUGGCUUUUUUGGACAGGAGGAGCAGUGGAGCAUCAUGAGGCCCGCGUGUGUUCACCCACAGCGGGAUACCUGUAAUGAUCGACACCCUGACAACACAGCAUGAACGCGAGGAGGUGGAAAUAGACAAGACGGUGGAGAGUGAAACAGAGCGCAGCAUUUGGCUGGUUGAAUUGCCACAUCCCACUUAAGUAUCUUUGCUCUGUUGCUUUAAGUUUAUUUGAAACCAUGGUGAUUUUGGUGGUAUUUUAGGUUGUGUGCAAUUUUUGUUCAUUUUCCUGAGGAGACGCUGAACACUUUGUUCGGAGUAAUAUUCUCCAUUCGGAAUU